AUGAAAUACACGGAAGUGAAAAAUUUAAAUUUUGAUCUAGUGUAUGAAGAAUAUGUUAAGAAGCAUAAUAGAAUAGUUUCCGAGUUAUUAAGGCCAUCUGCUAAACUUAAUUCAUCAGAACUUCCGAAACUUGUUGUUGUCGAACCAGUCAUGACAAAUGGAUUCGGAAAUCGUAUACCUUCAAUGGUUUGUGGUUUUAUGUAUUCAUUGUUAUCUGAUAGGUUAUUCUUUAUAAGUGGAUAUGAUAAUUUCACAAAUUAUUUUGAAAAAGACUUUGAACAUGACUGGAAAACUGUUGCUGACAUGUAUGAAAAUAGUACAUCUAGAUAUAUACAUGAUGCUAAUUCAUAUAAUGAUUUCGAGUUAGUGGCGAGAGGAAACCUUAGCAAUGAUGAAACUGAUAUUUUAUAUCUUAGAACAUGGGAUUACCCAUGUGCUCCAAUAAUGUCAAAUCCUCAUUAUAAGGAAUGGUUUAACAAAACAAUACCUGAUUAUAGAGUUUUCACGGCACUUAGUCUAAAAUUAAUAAGGUUGAAACAAUAUAUUAAUAAACAAGCAGAUGCUUUUGCGGACAAUAAUUUUACCGAUUAUAAUAUAGGUAUUCAUUUAAGAGAAAGAAAGACAACGUGGGAUAUGAUAACACCCCCAGAACAUUUCUGUAAUGUAGUGAAAAUGUUGUUAUUAGAAAUGAAAAACAUGAAUAUAACUGUCUUUGUGGCUGCUGAUAAUAAUAAUGGUCGUAACAAAUUAGUAAAUUUGCUUCGAGAAAUGGAUACUUAUAAUAACAAUACUGUUAAUAUAGUUCAUACUGAUGAUGAUAUGGAUGCACUAAAUCCUGUUAGUGGGAGCACUGGUAACACUGGUUCGGAAGUAGUUGCUCUUAUAGAUAUGAAGGUGCUUAGUUUAUGUGAUGACUUGGUGAUUACAUAUGGUUCAUCAUUCGGUUUUAUCGCAGCAGGAUGGUCGCAAAAAGCUUAUCAUCGAAGGGGUCCAUUGGUCAUAAUGCCAAUAACAAACUCGAGCGAUGAUUUUCAGGAUGUAGAUAAAGUUUGGGUGUACGGUGCUGUAUCAAACGAGCCUUGUAUGUUCCUAAGCAAGUGGGUAAUUGCUUACGAAGAUGAGGAAACCAGUAGUGUUUUUAAGUCCAAUCCGUUAUGGAUGCAUUAUAGUCAAUGUCAUGCACCGACAUUUUAG